CUUCAACCUCAACUCCCCUCACCUCUAAUCCACCUCUCACCACCACCAAUACCCUCAAUUACCAACCCGGAACCUCCGGCCAUCAACCCCCCGCCAAACCACCCACGAGCACCACCACCUCACCCCAAAGAAUCCAACACAAUGGCCCGUAACCCCACCGGCUUCGACAUCAACGAAUUCAAGGCCGCCGCCCACCCGCGGUCGACCUGGGCCAAACAGGACCCGUGGGCUCGCUACGAAGCCUGGAGAUAUACCGGCCCGUUCAGCCGCUUCAACCGCUUCAAGGGCCUUUUCCCGGGUCUCGGUGUCGCGACCGUCGCUUUCGCCGGUUACUGCGCUUACGAGGCUGUCUUCCUCAAGGAUGACCACCACGGUCACCAUGGCAAGGAGGGCCACCACUAGAUCUAUCGCAUUGAUUCAUUACCGGACCGAACGGGCGGGUCGAGUCGCGGAAUGGAGGGAGGGAUACGCUCGGGAGAAGCUAGCGCAGAUAUGAAAACGACAAGCGGGAUGGACACAAUGCAUUUCGCCGGACAUGGAGGAAAUGCACUGCGGAGGGACAGGAUUAUGGUUGGCACCGUGGACGGAUACUCGGCUCGCUACGAGAUCGAUGGAUCAGAAAGCGAAGGGGAUGCGCCUCAUCUGGCGCUUUUAAGAGGUGAAUCGCUGAUGAGCUUAAGGUUGGGAAGGGGAAAACCGGGUUCAGUUUUCUGUCUUGUUUUAUAUCAGAUGAAUGCUUGUUUGGGAGAUAGAGGUGGCCUCAAGCGCCUUUCUUGAGAGAGGGAUGCUUGGUUCGGCACGGGCAUUCGUUUGACGUUGAAUGUGGGGGUUGGUUGAUAUGUACAUAGAUAUCGUGUUUCAUUUUUUACAUUUUCAUUGACUUGUUAGCAAUUGCAAGAUGG